UGCAACCAGGACAAUCUAGAGUUUGAAACCGAGAUCCUAAACUAAGCAGGCUUUUCCUAAACUUUUCGCGGGUCUGAGACCGUGACAGGGUCGACCUCAAGUCUGGAACUGAGAUCAGGAAAGAUUUUAGUACAGGAAGAGUUAGGAGAGAGUAAGAGGAAGCUUGUCGCAGCCUGAUGACUUCAACCAGGAAGUUCUCAAGCUUUACCUGAGAGCUGGAAGGAUUAUAGAAAAGGAAAAGUUUGGAAAGUAAGAGAAAGGACGUCACAGUGUGAUAACUUUGAAGGGUACAAACUCAAGCUGCACCUGAGUUCUCUAGGAAAAAGAUUGGGAUUUACCCACUAGAAACUAUAGCUAAUCAAAAACUGCCAUGCAAAAUAAAUAUGGGGGCCACUCUACAAUAUGAAAAUUGAACAAGGAAAAUUUACUCUCAAAGAAUAGGAAUUUUCCUACAAAGAUGAAAGUUAACUGGGAAAAAUUAUCUUUAACAAGGACAGGGAUCCCCCCACAAGAAUGAAUUCUAAUUGGGAAAAUUACUUCUAAAAGAAUAGGGAUUUCCCCACUAGAAUAAAAAACUAAUUGAGAAAAAUUACUCUUUAAAUUCAAGGCCACUUAACUACAGGGAAGGAAAUGCAUAUAAGCGACCAUUCCUAACAAACAGUUACCUGAAUUGCCAUGGAACCAAGUACAGAGAAUUGCAAACCAAUUUCUAAUUCUCGUAUUAAACUUAAAAAUGUUGUGAAGCGACAGAGUAGAGACUCAUAAAUUAAGCACUCUAAAAUAACCUGCUACAAGAGCCUAGUUGAAUUUCCCACUUAACUGUUAGUAGCACAAACUUAAGAUCCCUCCAGGUUUCAAAACCAAGGAUAACUCGCUCACCCCCAUGGAUACAAGUUUGGGAGAAAUAACUAACAAGAAAGAAAAUCCCCAAGGAAGGGGAUCAUCAAACUUCAAGUUGUCUGAAACUCGUCCUACAAUAUUCUAUUCUAACACACAAAAAUAGAAUAAUUCCCCUAGUAAUAAACUAGUACUGGGAACGCCGUAAGGAGAGGAGAUUUGCAACCCAUUCACACGCUCGACUACCAAACAACUGCCUGACCCUGGGUCUGCUCCUCACAGAGUAUGGUCACAGAAGAAUGGGAAGCAAGAGGAAAAGAGAUUACCAACCAAUAGGAGUCUCAGAAGACGAUCAUGCCACCGAUCAUGUGACAGGGAAUGAUUCCACAAAUGCUGAUGCAAAGGGUGGAUUAAUGAUGACAGUACUGCCAAUUUCUAUAAUAGAUUAGGCCGGUGAACAAUCUUUCUCUCCAGAAAUUACAAGAAGCAGCUACUCUGGCGUGACUGCUGCUGACUGCAUGUUAGAUAACAGAAUGCUCAAACUAGUAAACAAAAUCUGGAAAUUCCUGGUUCAGAUUUUCGGUCCUGAUUCAGUUCGGGCAGCCGAUGAGUUCGGAUCACUCGUUAUCGCUCCUUAGAAACAAAGUUCAAUAACAAGUUAACGCCAGCCGUCUGCCGAGUUAUUCUUUAACCUAAAUUUGAAUCGUGCAGUUUAUUUUAAUUGUGAGAAUUAAUUAAUUCCAUAAUGAGCGACAAUAAAUCUAUUCUCAGUGCCAUAGCCGAUUUCAGGAAGGAGAACAAAAUUAAUUGGGACGCUAACAACAAUAGGUGGGAUACUAAUGUACAGAAACUCAAACAAGUGCAAGAAGACGUAAAAAAAACAAAUCUGGAAAUCUCACUUAUUAAAGAACAGUUCGCGGCAGUUACAAGCAAGUGUGAUAGUGCGUGUCAAUCCGUCGAACUCUUGCGUCAGGAUAACUCUAAACUUAGAAAGGAAUUAGAUGUAGCGAGAGGUGAAAUAAAUGACUUGCAGCAACAUACACGCAAAAACAACAUCCUAGUGUCAGGUGUACCCCUAACGAAGGGGGAGAAUAUGUUCACCGUGUUGGAUGCAGUCGCUAGAGCCAUAAACGUUAGCUUCAAGGAGUGGGACAUAUCUGCGGCUCACAGACUACCGAAUAGGAAUAGAGACGCCAAUAUGCCACCGUCAAUAGUGGUUAACUUCACCUCACGCUUCACAAAAUCGAGUUGGUUGACCGCCAGGCGACUUAAAGGUAGGCUUUCAGCUAGUGAACUUAAUACAAAUUUCCCUAAUACCCCAGUCUACCUGAGCGAACAUCUCACUCCCGUGACACGCUCUCUAUUCAAUGCGGCGAGGCAACUUUUGAAGGAAAAGAAACUAAUUUCAGUGUGGACCAGGGACUGCAAAGUCAUGGUAAAGGCUGCCGCCGAUCAUCGAGCAUUCCUGAUCCGUGAUUUGGAGCAAAUUGCUGAGUUACGCCGAAAAGAUAGCAAGCCUAUUUCCGAGGAUGAGGCUCAGUGAACACCCAAUCACAACUUGUUUUUCAUCCAAAUUCUGGGGUUGUUGGCGAUGAUGAUUAUGUACACACUUGACUCUAAGUUCAAGAAAAAAAAUCCGACUGUUGAUCCUAUUUCUUCACUGAAAUAAAGAAAAUUUGCAAAUUAUAUGCUAAAUACUGAUUCUCCAUUCAUCACAAAAUUCACUUUGUGAAAAUGUUAAGUUUUGAUUUUGAUAUAAAGAGGUUAAUAAUUAUGUUGUGUUUUCGUGAAUCAGUUGCAGUUCCACUGAAUGCCAGUCACAGCUCAGUAACAGUUAUCACAGUGAAUGGAACUGCUCUCUAUAGUGAACAACCACAAAGUAGAAGAUUAUGUGUAGAAGAUAUGUUAUAUAGAAUGUGUAAAUUAUUUAAUUAUGCAAAUUCUUCUGUAAUUUUCAUUCAUCAAUUCCAUUGAAUUUUCUUUCUGGGAUAUACAGGGUGAUUCUUAAU